GGCGGCGUGCACGGGAAGCUACGAGACGAGCGAGCCCUAGCAGAUUCUCUGCCAACGUCGCCGGCCGAUUCACCUCCUCUCGGCCACUGCUGGAAGCCGCCUCCUCUUGCCGAGUAGCAAAUUGGAUUUCAAAAACCCGAGGAAAAGCAACUCAGAUGAAUUGAGAGUUGAUUACAGGAACGAGUUGGAGAGAGCAGUCGUGGGAUUCAAUGAGAACCUGACAUGUUUUGUCAAGUCUUAUUUCUUGUCGAAUGGUGUCAAAAUGAUCCAAAGUUAGAACUUUGUUAUUGUUGAUCCCUUAUGCAUUGUUGAUAAAUGAGAUUACUCUAUCUCGGUCGAAUUAUCCUACCCCAUAAUUUUUUCAAGCGCGAUUGUCUACACUUCCUUGUGUGCAAGUUAUUGCUUUUGAAUACUAAUACAAGAUGGUUAAUGCGAUGAAGGGCCUCCUGAUUUCCUGUGAUGUACCCAUGACACAAUUCAUCAUUAGCUUCAAUGCUUCACUUCCUCCUUCACAGAGGUUCAUCCUACACGUGCUUGACAAUACACACAUGUUUGUGCAGCCUCAUGUGGCCGAGAUGAUCCGAAGCAAGAUUUCGGAAUUUAGGGAUCAGAACUCUUAUGAGAAGCCACUAUGAUCCAUUUCGAAUUCUCCUUGUUGGCAAGAGAAAAAUAAUAUGCCCGAGAUUUGAAUCAAAACUCAUCUUUAAACUUGAUUGACAAUGUAGCAAACUGGAAUUUGUGAAUGGAUGUCUAUAUUUGGCUUGCUUGAUCUUGAA